GGGGAGGGCCGAGGUUCCCGACGAUGAGGCACGUCGUCACACAAACCAUAAACACAGCAUCUUUAAUACACCUUUAACCAGAAAAAUAGUUUGGGGGCCUGAUACUGCGACGUUACUUGGAUUACGGCUCGCUGCGACCACGGGAGGCUGCUGCAGACUCUCCCCAGUACCGAGAACCAUGAGGAAAUUAAAGGUGUAUGAAGGACGCUAACGGCAGGCUGGCACUGUGGCACGGGGAAACGCCUGGUCCCACGGGCGUGGGCGGGCGUGAGCCGCCCGGCGAGAGGCCACCGCCGGCGGGCACCCAUCCCCGCGAGGCACCCCCGGCCCCACGCACCCCGCCACGCCGGGACGCGAGUGCCCCCGCGGAUGCCCGGCAGUGGGGGCAGGCCCCAGCCCUAGGGGCGCGGCCGGGGAGCCGCCCUCCGCCCGCCCCGGCCCCGCCGCCUGCCUCCCUCCCUCCCUCCCUCCCUCCCUCGCCUCCCCUCCCGGCGCGGCGCGGAGCACGGCGGGGCGAUGUGGCGGUAUGUCAGCGGCCGGCAGCUGGACGGCUUCCGCCAGUACAAGUACAGUGCUGUGGAUACAAAUCCUUUAUCUGUGUAUAUUAUGCAGCCCAUCUGGAACAAAAUUAUUAAGAUAGUGCCUUUGUGGAUUGCUCCCAACCUGUUAACAUUCUCUGGAUUUGUCAUGAUUUUAUUUAAUUAUUUUCUAAUAUCUUUUUAUGACUGGGACUACACUGCCUCAGGUACCAGUCCUGGACUUGUUCCCACCUGGGUGUGGUUGUUCAGUGCUUUUACCACCUUUUGUGCUUAUGCUUUAGACUCCAUAGAUGGGAAACAUGCUCGAAGGACUCAGUCCAGUACUCCUCUAGGAGAAUUAUUUGACCAUGGGCUGGAUAGCUGGGCUACCUCCAUUUUUGUGCUUUCUUUUUUUUCUGUCUGUUCCCGUGACAAUGGGAAGACUGGAGUUUCUGUAUAUACAAUGUAUAUAUAUUUAAGCAUUGUCUUGUUUAACUUUAUGUGUUCACACUGGGAGAAAUAUAACACAGGAGUUCUUUUUCUUCCUUGGGGAUACGAUAUAAGCCAAGUGGUAUUAAUUGCAGCAUAUCUGCUCACCGGUGCUGUUGGUGUGGAAGUCUGGCAGAAGCCUUUCCUGUUUGGUUAUUACAUCACAGAUGCAUUAGUAAUCUUGCUUAUAGGCUUCAGUUUAUUUCUUUCAUUUCCACAAACACUAUACAACAUUCACAGAGCACAUUUAAAGAAAACACUGAAGAAUGAUUCUUUGUAUGAAGGACUCCUACCUCUUGUGUCACCUCUGUUGCUGUUCAUUCUUCUUACAGUCUGGGUGGUUUUAUCUCCAGGCAACAUAUUAGCAAAGCAACCAAGAUUGUUUUUAUGGAUGGUUGGGGUUACUUUCUCAAACGUUAUUUGCAAGGUGAUCAUCUGCCAGAUGAGCAGCACCCGGCCGGAGCUUUUCCACUGGUUCCUCUUCCCGCUGGCACUGGUGGUCUACGCAGCCAUCUCCGGGCUGCUGGGCUGGACGGAAGAAGCAGUGCUGGCCGUGUUCACCGCGCUGGUCACGGCCGCCCAUGUGCACUACGGGGUCUGCGUGGGGAGGCAGCUGAGUGAACACUUGAACAUUUACAUCUUUUCCCUGAAGAAACGUGUCCAAGAGUGAACACCUGCACUAUGAUCAGACUGUAACACUUGACAUGGAGAUUUGCAACUCUUCCGAUGUGAUAAAUAGUUGGAAUUAAUCUGAUUAAAAUAACCAAAGAAUAGAACAGUCCAGAUAUCCGAACCACUGCGACAAUGAGCUAUGCAGCAAGAUGCUUCAUCUCAGGGGAAGAUUCCCGUCCAGCAGAGAAGUUGUUCUGCUGCUAAUAUUUAUUCUCUUCACUAACGCCGUGUUACCACCCUCUCUGAAGCUUGUCUUCCUCCUCCUUGCCACUGUGUCCAAAGUCCUGGAUAAAUCCAUACCAGGUUACAUGAGAUCCUUGAUGGUUUAUAACCACCAGCCUAGUCACCAGUGGGACCCCGGCAAUGCAAACCUUCCUUCUAUGUCCUUCCCACACCUGCUUCAUUUUCCAUAUUUAUUUUCUCACAACUCAGUUCUUCCAUACAACCUCCUGAAGGGCUUACGCACAGUCAGUCUUUUCCUCACCUCAAAUUAAUGUGUGAAGAAAAGAGAAUGAGUUCAGAAAACUAUGGGCACAGUAAAGUGGUUUUGAAAUGUAUGAUUUUUUUUCCCCCAUCAUUAAGAUGGGUCUCAGCUGACCUGUGUCUGUCAGAAAUGCAGCCUUUAUACUGAUUUUUAGGCUGAAAAUUUUCAAGCAUGUUGUUGAUUACUUCAGUCACAACAAGCAAUAUACCCUACAAAGGUAACCAGCUGAGAAGAAAUUUGGUCAGCAAACCUUUGAAGAUUGUCAUAUUUCACUGCAAAACUAGUUAGGCAAACCUCAUCUAUAAGUGCAAAAUGCUAAGCAAAUAAUUAUUUGCCUGUGUGCUUGAAACAAAUUCCUGUGGUUUUAGAUAAUGACAAGAAAAAAAAGAAUUGAGACAAGAAAAGCUUUUUUUUUUAGACAUUACAUGUUUGCAUGCGGAUGUAAACCACUCCAUCUAUAAUACAUGUUGGUUUUCUGCAUGCCUUGGGGGAAGGAGUAAGAAUUUGAGUUUCAUCUCUUUUCAUACGCUGCCCUAGCCAGAGGGACUUUGUGGCCUUGAAGCACUAAUGAAACAAUCUGUCCGCUCUCCCCAAGGUGAGCUUUAUAUUGCGCUUCUUGCACAGAGGGAUGUGACUGACUGGCAUGUUUAUGAACUAGUUAACUAUCUUGCUUGCCAGAAGCAGGGCAGAAGUGUAGUCAUUGGGCUGCUGAGCCUUAAGUUUUUGUUUCUUUUUCAGUUCUUAGACCAUUUCUCUGGCUUUAUCGCUGGCCUGAUCAUUUUUUCCCCACUUAACACACCCUUACAUCAGUAGCUCCUGUUAAUAUUUUCAGCUGAGCACUGACUAGUCAUAUCUUCAUGAACAGCUUCAAUUUAAGAUUGUAACGCCUGUUAACAGUAGCUGACCUACCAAAACGUCAGUAGGGCUGAUUUCUCCUGGCAGCCCUUACUGUAGGUACCAGGGGACAAGCCUGCACAUCAGCUUCCCCUUAUGACAAAGCAGAAAUACCACACCGACUUGUAAAGUUUCUUACGGUGUGAAAGUAUGUAUGUUCCACCUACCAAAUGAGUGUGUGGAGGGUCCCACCCACCAAAUGAACAUCAUACUACAGUGACAGUUCAAGCAGCUUAAGGUGUGAGUUAGGCAGAGGACACAGGUCAUCAUGUUAAUGCUGGUUCGGAGAUUUUGCCAAGAGCCUCACAGGGAAGGGAGGCUCCUGUGCCCUCUGGCACCACUGCGGUCCAGCUCCGGGGCUGCAGCUGGAGCAAGGAGAGGCAUCUUCCAGCCUUCCUCCCUGCCGGUGGGGUGGCCAUGCCCCUGUCCUGCACGAUGCCCUGGAGCGUGGGGUCUCCACCGAGGUGCUCCCUAACUGCCCGAGGACUCUCUUUCUUAGAGUAAGGUUGAUAGCUGUUUAUUUAAUGAGGGAUGCUAAAAAUGAAUCCUGACUGUGUUUGAAGGGGAAUGACGAGUUUGAGGCAGGCGUGCACCCAGCAGUCUCAGUGUGAUGAAGUUAAAUACUACAUCUGAUACCAGAUACACUGCCACAAAAGUCUGACCUAUUUCAACAGUUUGUAUUUAACCCAUCCAUCAAAAGUAUCUGGAGGAAGUCCCCACGAGAAAAGAAUUAGAAUAAAAUAAACAAAAAUACCUCUGGAUUGAAUGUGAUUGUACUGGAGGAACUCUGCGGACAGGCUUUCCUUUUCCCUCUCUCUUGCACUUAUUUAUGAAACGGUUGGAAUUAAGGAUCACAGAAGCUGCACAAUUUGAUGCACUGUAAUGGAGUAUUUUGAAAUAUUUCAUUAAAUGGAAUUAUUAAAUUUGAACUGCCACAACCUGCCUGCACUUGUACCUUUCUGAAGAAAAAUGGAGUAUCACUUUUAAAAGAAAUUAAGUUCUGGCCAGCUUUUUCACAUUCUGUAUGAAGACAUAGCAAAUAACUUUCUUUUUCCUUUUUAAAGCAACUUGUCACUACAAUCUUUGUAAAGACAAGUAUAAAAACAGAUCAUGUAUUGCACAGUGUAUAUAUCAAAUUGUUAGCCAUCUUAGAUGCUAACUGGUUCAAUGAACGGGAAUAAAAAUGCUUUGUUCAUAGGGCAGUAUGGUCAUAGAUUUAUUUUGCAAAGUCAGAUAACGGUAUGUAGAUGACCCAACAGCGUAACAACAAUUGGGUUUGGUCACAACAUUAUGGCAGAAAGUUUUCAACUAUUUGAACUGGAAAAUAUAUCACUUCUUUUUUAUGCUGUUGAGCAUUCGCAGUAGCCCAAAGACAUGCCUCCUCACUAGUCUUAGGAAAAGCACCUAAACUAGCACAGCUCUCCCAGAUUUGAUCACCUGGGUCAGAAAUGGGCUCCUCUGGUCCUGGCUUCACCCUCCCUCCUCUACCAGAAAGCUUCCCUAAGCGGGGCUGGGCUCAGCCUCAGCCCCGGGGAUACCCGGAGGCAGCAGGGGGGGCUUGGGCUGACCCCUGCAUGGUGGCACACAACCAGGUACCUUCAACCCAUGGCAGAAAGAGGUCCUGACCUAAGGCUUAGAGCCCUGGAGAUUUAACAGGAACCACUGCAGUAACAUUGCUCAUGCUGCAAAAGAUCAGAGCUGGGAGAAUUACAACCAAGUUUCCCCGUUUCUUCCAAAAUCCUAGUAUUUUAAUCUAAAAUGUAGGUGGCUUUUAGGUACUGCACUGAAGAGUCGUCCCUGAAUGCUUGGACAUUGCAAGAAAAGUCAACUGGGAGCUUCAGUGCCUUUGCUAUAGCACUCACUUCACCUCCUGGCUCCUGCAAGUUUUGCUUUUGCUGUACCAAAACUGAGAUACAACAAGAGAUUUAGUACGCUGAAAUCAGAAAGCAUUUACCAUAAAGAAGAAUGUUCUGCUUACAUGCACAUGCAUACGUGCAUUUUCUUUGUGAUUUGUAGAAGGCAAUACAAUUGCUGAGCUCUUGGGGAAACAGAUUCUACCUACUCACACAGAAUAAGUGAACUUUUUUUUUUAAAGCAGCUGCCUUUUCCUUCCUGCUCCCAUAUGCAGUCACUAACGAAACAAAAAAUAUGUAUUUAAACCAGAAAAGUAUUAUUUUAGAAUGUUUUGAAUAGUCUCUAGAGCUAGACAGAUUUUAACAUAUAUUUUUUUAUUAAAUAUGUAAAAAGAUAAACGCAAGUCAAGUUAUUCACAUAUUCAGACAAAAAUCUACUCUACCAUGCGACAAUCUGUGGAUAAUGUAAAAUGACUGAUACAUCUGAAUAAGACUUUUUGUAUCUAUUAUGCCAUUACUUAUCUAUUUAUAAUUAACAAUAC